UGGAAGGAACGGUUCGGAUUUCUGCGAUGGCGAGGGGAUAUCGACAACUCGGAUCUUGACGCGUAGGUACUGUUGUCGGAUGAGCGAAAGGUCGAGAGCGCUCGAGCCCUGGGACGUUGGAUUCUGCCAUAUUUGGAGGGCAUUUUGAUACCCUUUCCUUCGAGGAAGAGGAAGAUACGAACCUCCUCCGGGCUGAAGGGUUCCGACUUUUCUUGAGCUCCGGAGGCGGGAGACGAGAUUUCUUAUUGGGUAAGCUUGAUUGGGUGAACCAAGGAACAGCCGUGGUUCAGAUAAGUUUCUCGCUCUCUUCUCCGAAUGAUUUGCUGUCCCUUUCGUUGAUUCUCGUGGGAAAGAUUGGAUCUUUGGAUGCAAGAUUUGAGUUGAGAGGAUCUUUCUGAUGGUUCUGGUGGGUUAGACAGAGAGAUUUGACUUUUAUCCUGGGGCUAUAGGUCUUUUACCUCGUUCUUUGGGUGAUUGAUGAAAACCGUUCGUUUCAAUAGGAUCCCAUUCGCUGCCUUGGCGCGUCGUCGAACAUUUUAAUCUGUAUUUUUUUUUUCCCUAUUGGUGAUAUACGUUUUCUUAUAACAAUAGCAAUCAAAAGAAAAUAACUGAUUGGAAAAAGAUUUAGGAAUUGGUUAUUCUUGUGAAAUAGAAAUGGGUAAGCCACCUGCUAAGAAGAAGAGUUCGGGCGGUAAACUGAAUGAUGCAACCUUGAAGCACUGCAAAUCCUGUGAUUAUAGCUCGAAGGUCUUCGAUGAGGACACCACAAUCUUCAUGGACAUGGCUCGUGAUAUGAAAGAGGAGGGCAACAAGUUGUUCCAAAAGCGGGAGUACGACAGAGCGCUAUUGAAAUAUGAGAAAGCCAUCAAACUGCUUCCAAAGAACCACAUUGAUGUUGCGUACCUCCACAGCAACAUGGCGGCUUGUUAUAUGCAGAUGAGCCCUGAGGAGUACCACCAAGCAAUCAGCGAAUGUAAUCUCGCCCUCGAGGUCUCACCCAAGUACAGCAAAGCUCUCCUGAAGAGGGCCAAGUGUUUUGAAGCAUUGAACAGGUUGGAAUUGGCCUGUAAAGACAUUGAUCUAGUUUUGAGUUUGGAGCCAAACAAUCUCACGGCAACGGAGAUUUCUAAACGAGUGAAGGAGGAGAUGGAGAGAAAGGGCAUCACAUUGGAUGAUAAGACACUUUUUCCGCUCCCAGAACCUCUGACGGUGAAAGAGAAGCCAAAAAAGAAGAAGUGCCAUAAAUCAGAGGAGAAAGUAGUAGUUGUGGAGGAGAAACAUGCUAAAGUUAAAGAAGAACCUAUGAAGAGCAUCAAGUUAGUUUUCGGGGAAGACAUAAGAUGUGCUCAGAUACCAGCUAAUUGUACAAUGUUGCAGUUGAGAGAGAUUGUCGUUAACAAAUUUCCGAGCUUGAAGGCUGUCCUUAUCAAAUAUAAGGAUAAAGAGGGUGACUUGGUGACAAUAACUACGUCUGACGAGUUGAGGUGGGCGGAAGAAUCUUCGGAACCACAGGGGUCGGUCAGACUUCAUAUAAUAGAAGUUGAUCCUGAGCAUGAUCCUUUACUUGUAGAGGCAAAGAAAGAAUCUUCGAGGAAGCUGGACAGAAGCAUCUCUAGAAAUCGGAGCAUCAAAUGUGAUGACAUCAAGGUUUCUUCAGUCUGUGUUGAUGACUGGAUUGUGCAAUUCGCUCAGCUAUUCAAGAACCAUGUUGGUUUCAAUUCUGAUGCGUAUCUGAAUCUUCAUGAGUUAGGAAUGAAACUAUAUUCAGGGGCAAUGGAAGAGACUGUCACGAGCGAAGAGGCGCAAGAAAUUUUUGAACUUGCUGAGGAGAAAUUUCAGGAAAUGGCAGCUCUGGCCUUGUUUAACUGGGGAAAUGUUCAUAUGUCUCGAGCAAGGAAGAGGUUGUUCUUGUCAGAAAAUGCUUCAAAGGAAUCAAUGCUGGCACAAGUCAAAGCUUCAUAUGACUGGGCUCAGGGCGAGUACAUCAAAGCAGGACAGCGUUAUGAUGAAGCUUUGAAAAUUAAGCCUGACUUCUGUGAAGCUCUUCUUGCACUUGGACUGCAACAUUUUGAGCAAGCAAAGCUUUCAUGGUGUUAUGCAAUUGGAAGCAAGGCAGAUCUGGAGAAGUGGCCUUCAUCAGAAGUCCUAGAGCUAUUCAACCAUGCUGAGGAUAACAUUGAAAAGGGAACAGAGAUGUGGGAGGAGAUAGAAGAGCAGCGAUUGAAGGAACUUAAUAAAGCCAAUGAGGAAAGAAUCUUAUUGCAAAAGAUGGGCUUGGAAGACUACUUCAUAGAGCUUUCGAAUAAUGAAGCUGCAGAACAGGCUUACAACAUGAGAGCUCAGAUAAAUUUACUAUGGGGAACCAUGCUUUAUGAGCGGUCUGUUGUGGAAUUCAAAUUAGGCAUUCCAAUGUGGGAAGAGUGCCUGAUGGCAGCAGUGGAAAAAUUUAAUCUGGCAGGAGCUUCUCCAACUGACGUUGCUGUUAUGAUAAAAAGCCAUUGUGCCAAUGAAACUGCCCAAGAAGGAUUUGGUUUCAAGAUCGAUGAGAUUGUUCAGGCAUGGGAUGAGAUGCAUGAUGCAAGAAGGUGGAUAAAUGGUGUUUCAUCUUUCAGACUUGAGCCUUUAUUACGUCGACGAGCUCCGAAGCUGCACCAUAUGUUGGAGCAUGCAUGAUUUAUAAAUGACUUCCUGCAUCAAUUCAGAUUCAAUGGCCAUUGUUGAGAACAGUAUAACUUGUAUUCCUGCCUAUUUUCUGCUUUGCACAUAGACUGAUGAAUGGGACAUCGGUACACGCCAGCCUUGCCAGUAAUCUACCACUAUGAUAUCUGCAUAUGUAUUUGAUUACUGGUGCUUCAGCACCGACUUGGGUUGCCUAGUCUCUCUAUUUAUGUUUCUAUCUUUAUUUCUAGAAACCAUGAUAUUGUAUUCAUAGCUUUGCAUGGUCACCAACUUGGGUUGCCUAUUGUCUCUAUUUAUGUAUCGAUCUUUAUUUCUAGAAACCAUGAUAUUGUAUCCAUAACUUUGCAUGAACAACGAAUGUUUAUGUCGCUCUAAGAGUGCCUCUCCCCUCUAACAAACUUGGUUGCUGCCCUUUCAGGUUAUCUUGCUUGAUGCACUGUAAUAUUCGAUUGUUUGCUUCUUGCAGAGAAGAGUUUGUUUUCUACAAUCAUAUAGCAUAAUUCUUUUUCCUUCCAUGUGCUGGGCUCUCGGGAGCCUAGUCAUGCAUACGACAAUUUGAUAAAUGGUGGUCGUGCAGUCUGACAUUUCCGUCAUCAUCGUGCCCUCUUCGUAUUGGUGGCAGAAGUUUUUUGUUAUUUUUUUGAGAGAGAAAACAUAAUAUACGGCAGUGCUCAUUGUUUCUCAUAUACAAGAUGAUUUGUUUUGUUUGUUUCCAUAAUGCUUUUGGGUAUGUAUUAAACAGACAAGUUAUAUUAUUAUCAGAAGUUUGAAACAGAUCAAAUUACUCUUGUAA